AUGCCGUCGGUGGACACCAGCUCGGACGCUGACGGAAAGUCAACGCCUAUUCAGGUCGCACGUGGCCUUUAUAACUUUCUGCGAGUGGUUGGCGGGACGAAUUACGAGCGGUCGGCGCUGGUAACAGAUUUAAGUAUUGGACUUGCGCUUCUGAUCCAACGCAAAGAACGGGAACGAGAGCAAGAGCGAGAAUCGUGGUUGGCAAGUCUCGAGAGAGAGCAAGUGCAGCUCGAGGCAGCGGAACUCAAGCGACUGCACCACUUUGCCCGACUAGCGCACGGUGCCUACAGCGCCAACGACGAGGAGCUCUUCAAGCAUACACCGGUGUACGCGAAGACGCUCUUGAAAGCGCGGUGGUCCAGCAGUCAAGAAGAGCCAGCCUAUUACAUUGCAAUCGACGAAGCCUUCCGUUCGAUCGUGCUAGCUAUCCGCGGAACCGAUACGUUCUCUGAUGUCUUCACGGAUUUGAGUUUACAUCCAACGCCGUUCCUGGGGGGCACUGCGCACGCUGGAAUGACCCGUGCUGCUCUGCGACUCUACGAUGAGGUCAGGGAAAUGUUGCGGACAGCGCGCACAAACUAUCCAGAGUACGACCUGGUUUUUACGGGGCAUUCGCUAGGUGGAGGCGUUGCCUCUAUCCUCACGAUGAAACUCUUAUGGGAAGACGAUCCGCUGCUCCGCCUCUUCGAACAGCACAACCGACCGAAGCUUCUUGCAUAUUCAUACGGAACGCCUGCCUGUGUAUCCCUCGAACUGGCGAGGAAAAUUCAGGGGAGUCCUCCCGACCUGCGAGACGCAUUGACCACCGUGGUGCUCGGAGACGAUCUCGUUCCACGGGCAUCCGCCGCGAGUAUGGAUCGUAUCGUGCGGGAGCUUGCUGCAUUUAACUGGCGAGAACAGAUCGCGAACGAGUUUAGCGAAUAUGUGAAUACGAGCAGCCUUGCGCGCUGGUCACAGCAUGUUAUCCGUUGGUCUAUCCCGCGGGACCAGGUGCAGCGCUUUGUCACUGAGAUCGGGCAACGGCUGAGCAAAGCAUCCUCGUCGAUCAAAGGUGCGCGCCUCGGAAAUACGUUUGGCCUUGUAGCAGCGGUAGCCGGCAGUGCCUCUGGCUGGAUGAACUGGUAUGGGAACCUUUUCCAGAAAGAGCAGCCGCAGGAGCGAGAAGCAGUGAAUAGGGCUGAACCUCGACUUGCCGAACCGGUAGCGCUUCCGCAGUUCUACCCGCCAGGCGGUUGCAUCUGGCACCUCCAUGAGGUGUCACUGCGAGCGGGGGAUCAGCGAGGGCUCCCUGAAGGCGCCGCCUCAGAACAUGGAAGGGUGCGCCAACAGCUCGUCCAAGACAUCUCGAAUAUUAGUCGUGAGGUAUGGAACGAAUUGCCGACGCUCAAGCAGCCCAACGAGUCUCCCGAGGCUCCCGGCAACGACUGGGAUCGCUCCAAUGCGCCCGAGGAUGCUGCUGAGAGCAUUGGUGCGGAGCCUCAGCGUCUACUGCUUCUCCGAACAUCACCAGACGCUUUUCAUGACAUCGUGCUCAGCCGUCGCUGCUUCAAUGAUCAUCUCAUGCGCAAUAUUCGGCGCGCACUGGCAAGACUCUAUGAACAGCAGUACAGGCAGCCACGGCUCGGCGAGCAUGGAUCCAGUUAA